ACUUGUGCACACAAAAACAUAUUCUCCCCUUAUGUGUAUACCAUAUGGCACUGAACACACUUCUUCUUCUUCUUCUUCUUCGAGAAGUAGCCAUAUCAUCCAUCCUCUUCUUCAUUACUAGAAUCUUUAUUCACUCUCUUCUCAAAAAACCCUCUCGUCGUCUUCCUCCAGGUCCAAAAGGAUGGCCGGUUAUCGGUGCCCUUCCUCUUCUAGGGACCAUGCCUCAUGUCACAUUAGCCAAAAUGUCCAAAAAAUACGGUCCUGUCAUGUACUUAAAAAUGGGUACGUGCAAUAUGGUAGUGGCUUCCACUCCAGAUGCAGCACGAGCAUUUUUAAAAACCCUGGACUUGAAUUUCUCGAACCGACCACCUAAUGCAGGCGCAACCCAUUUAGCAUAUAAUGCACAGGACAUGGUGUUUGCUGAUUAUGGACCUAGAUGGAAACUUUUACGGAAACUAAGUAAUCUUCAUAUGUUAGGUGGUAAAGCCCUAGAAGAUUGGGAAAACGUUAGAGCUGUGGAAUUAGGUCAAAUGCUUCGAGCCAUGUGUGAUGCUAGCCAAAGAAAUGAACCGGUCGUAGUUCCAGAAAUGUUAACAUAUGCAAUGGCUAAUAUGAUUGGUCAAAUCAUACUGAGUCGACGAGUUUUCGUUACAAAAGGUAGCGAGUCUAACGAGUUCAAGGAUAUGGUUGUGGAGUUAAUGACUUCUGCUGGGUUUUUUAACAUUGGUGAUUUUAUACCUUCCAUCGCAUGGAUGGAUUUGCAAGGAAUAGAAAGAGGUAUGAAGAAAUUGCAUAAGAAGUUUGAUGUUUUAUUGACGAAAAUGAUCGAGGAACAUAUGGCUACUACUCAUCUACGUAAAGGAAAGCCUGAUUUCCUUGAUGUGAUUAUGGCUACCAGAGAAAAUUCUGAUGGCGAAAGGCUUAGUAUAACAAAUAUUAAAGCUCUUCUUCUGAAUUUAUUCACUGCAGGCACUGAUACCUCAUCAAGCAUAAUUGAAUGGUCACUUGCUGAAAUGUUAAAAAACCCUAACAUUCUUAAACGUGCUCAUGAUGAGAUGGAUCAAGUAAUUGGCCGGAACCGGCGACUUCAAGAAUCCGACUUAUUGAAACUUCCAUAUUUACGAUCCAUAUGCAAAGAAACGUUUCGGAAACACCCUUCAACGCCUUUGAACCUUCCUAGGGUUUCAACACAAGCAUGUGAAGUGAACGGUUACUACAUACCCAAAAAUACUAGACUUAGUGUCAACAUUUGGGCAAUAGGUCGGGACCCCGAUGUAUGGGAAAAUCCAUUGGAUUUUAUGCCAGAAAGAUUUUUAUCCGAGAAAUAUGCGAAAAUUGAUCCCCGAGGAAAUGAUUUUGAAUUGAUUCCAUUUGGUGCAGGAAGGAGAAUUUGUGCUGGGACUAGAAUGGGAAUUGUGCUAGUUGAGUACAUUUUAGGGACUUUAGUGCACUCUUUUGAUUGGAAACUGCCUAAUGGAGUUAAGGACCUUAAUAUGGAUGAGGCCUUUGGACUUGCACUGCAAAAGGCAGUGCCCCUUUCUGCUCUGGUUAGCCCUAGGCUAGCACCAAGUGCAUAUGCUUCUUAAAUCUUGUGAAGCUCACAAGCUCAAUUCACAAGUUAUACCCCAAGUUUGCCCUAUGAAGCUCUAUAAUUUAUUAUUUCUCAUGGCAUGUUAAUUAAUUUAGAUCUUGUACUUGUUGGAGCUAUGUACUUUCUCUUAAGAAAGAGGCAUUAUUAAUAAAAGAAAAUUUAAUAAUAAA